GGUGACUUCAGUACUGUCGACUAUGAAUCCUCAUCACUGAUUGAAUUGGCCCGCCUUACACCUCGCAGUGUGUUGCCACACACUGCUCGCAUCCGCUGUGACCCAAGAGGCCGCUGUCGUUCGGUUGCUCGCUCUUUCAAACCGUCAUAUUCCUCGCAGCAUUAGUCAUGGACUCGUCCACCUUGCGGCUCAAGGCACGGCCGCACGUGGAGGAAGAAAUUGAGAAUUGGGACGACGACGACGACUUUGUUUUCGAUGGCGAUGACAUUGCCUUCCCCUCACUCUCGAACUUGGCCAAUAUCUCGUCCAAUCGCCGUGACUCGCAGUCUUCGUUCCGAUCCGACUUUGAAUCCGUUCAUGGGGAGGAAGAGAAGCAGGUUCAUUUGCCAGACAAUGACGAAAAGUCAACCCUCGAUGCCAUCGCCGCGGCCGCAAAGGCCGGUAUUCCGCUUCCCAAGAAUGUACCUCCCUCGGCUCUCAUGGGAGGCACGAUUAAGAGGCUCGGGGGCAGAAAGAUCAAGAAGAUUAUUCAGGAAGACUGGGUUGAUGACCUUGAGUUUCCCGAUGCUGGGCAGGUACUCCAGAUCAAGGACAGGGAUGGCGCCCAGUUUCCAGAGGUCCUGCGACAGGUCAGCAAUUCGGCACAACCGAGUCCAUCCAAGCCGCCAAAGGACCUCCCCACGAUGUUCCAGGACGAGCAGAAGGAAGAAAAGCCAACAACGUCAUCCAGCUUAGUUGACCUGGAAAAGUUUCGAGAUGGCGAUGACGACGACUUCUUCGGGGAUGGGGGUGCGACUAUCAAGGUGUCUAAGAGACGCGUGAUGCCCAAGUCCCUCUCCUUGAUCACGUCCCCGACGCCCCAGAGACACAUCGGCGAUACCCAAACCGGAGAUGAUGACUUUGAGAAGGAUUUGGAGCUCCCCGAGGAUGGGCACCUGAAGCUCUCGGCCAAGAGGGAUAUCCCCCCAAAGACGCCAACCUUCGCCAACAUUUUAGAUGAUCUCGACUGGACUGAGGGCAGCCUGGGAACCAGAUUUGGCGGAACCCGACGGGAAGCCCAAUCUACCAGGAGCUCGUCGGUCUCCGCAUUCAGCCCCAGCAUCUCGAGCUCCGUCAUGGAGAGUGAGGAUGAGAUAUUCGACGGUCUCAUUAUCCCAAACGGGCCGCUGGAUUUCGGAGAGCGUCUAAAACGCCGCCGCAAGAGCCGCUCCCCUGAACGGAUCCCAGAAGAGCCAUCAGUCACGGAAGAGCUUGGGCAGCAAGACACCAUUAAACAAAAAUCCUUUAAGGGGCCCUUGAUGGAACCCCUCAGAGAGGAGAAGGGGGAAGAGAAGGAGGAUUUCCUCGACGGUCUGGAGAUUGGCGACGGCGAGAUUUUCGACUCGAGGAAGUUGACGCUCAACCGCAACAUCCAAGUAAAGACCACCAGGCCUGCCAGCCCUUCACGCCCAAAGGCGUCAGUGGCGCUCAAGUUCACAAACAAACCUGUUACCGCAUCCCGCCUCCCGCGGCCUAUGGGGUCGAUGGCGAGUCAUGAGCGGUCGCAUACACAAUCCUCACUCGAGCCUGUCUCGGAAAGCGGCGGCCCUAUACAACGAGCUCACUCGAGGCGUUCCUUGUCCCGCAUGGGCGGGCAUUCUGCCCAUUCUUCAGUGACAAGUCUCGCCAGCUCCACAACUUCUACAAGACCCUCCUCUACCCAGACCGUAGCGCCGUCGACUCCGCGACGAAGGGAGUCCGGUCAAGGUACAUCCCAAGGGUCGUUAGGGAACGAGUCAGCCACUACGAACGCGCAGCUGCUUCGUAUGAAGCGGUCGUUACCCGCAAUGCGCGGGACUCAGUCUCCUGCGCGCCCUCAGCCUACUCGGGGUUACGAGCGGCCCCCCUCGCGAGCCGAGCAGACGAACCGAGCUCCACCGACGCUACGGCCGAAAACCCCGGUCGAGCGGACGCGGCCCUCAGAAAGCGCGGCGGCAUUGGCUCGCAAGGCCCCGGUGCCUUUUGUGCCCGCCGGUGCCUCGGCAACCCAGUCACACAAUGUCAAUGCAAAGCCCCGAACUUUUCGUCGCCACGAUUCGGAGACGAGCAUUGAAUACCGGCCCAGCUCACGGGCGGUGUCUCGGUCGGCGAUUCGGUCGCCUAGUCCGCGACUGUACCGCUCGGCAGAAAAAGCGACACCAGAGAGUCAUUGGGGCAAGAUGAGCGUGCCCAAACGGGCGCGGAACUUUGGCGACGGCCAUGAGCUCGACGCGUUUGACGACUUGCCCACAUCCACUCAGGCCGAAGCAAAGUUCUUGAAACAGCCGUCUAGUGCCAAAUCGCAGACGCGGACCAGGGGGUACCAAAAUAUUCCCGACCGCAACGUUACCCCAUCGCCCCGCGCACCUCCCUCCUCUCGCGUCGAUAACGUGCCGAGCUUCGCUCGCGAUACUGCCGCAAGUCGGAUCGCACGGGAGACGAAUCUUGCGCAGCGCAACCCGUCAGGCGUGAUUGCGCCGCUCACUGCUCAGCGUGUUGCUCAGCUGUCAGCAAAAGGCAACUCCAAUGCCCAAUCCCACUUUACGCCGCCGACAGCCAAGGCCAAGAAGGUGCGGCGGUCGCCGCAGUCCAAACCGCACUUGAUUGCCAAUCUCAACCCACCACGAGACGCAAAGAUGGUCAAGGGCAUGUGGUAUAACCCAGAGAUGUUCCGCUGGGAGGGCAAUGACAAUGCACUAAAUGCGUUUGAAGUCCCAGCCACCUCGUCAUCUACAGGAUCCGGACAUCAGCACAUGGUUCGUGAACGGGAGACGGCCACACCGCGGCCGGCCCUCAUCACCAACAUCGGCGUCACCAAGGGUGUGCAGGUCGUCGGCGGCAUGGUCUUUGACCCCCAGAACAUGUGCUGGCUUAAGCUGGCGCCGCAGAACCGAUCGGGAAAAGGUGGUGCUCUCGAUGGCCUAGACGCGUUUGAUGACGAGGAGGACGUGUUCAAGGAUAUACCGGACCUGGAGGAACGCACCAUGGCCUCGAGUGACGGAGGCAACCCGCGUGUCAGCGACGUCAACCACGAGUGGCCGGUGGGCGAGGAGUUUGAUGUGGGACCCGAGUUUGUACGUCGGCAGCGCGAGGAGGAGGAGCGGUGGAGGAAGAAGUGCCAUCUCUGGAUCAACAACCAGGCCGAUCGCGGAGAUGCCUGGAAGUGGGCUAUACGCGACAUUGUCAAUGAGGGCUAGGGUUCGUCGACACCACGAGAGUCGCACAUCAUUU